AUUAGUUCAAAAUUUAUUAAGUAGAAUUUAUUAUUUGGCUGCUUUUUCAUGCAAAAUUGUUAGUAUAUUAAUUUUUAAAAAUGUUCAAAAUUUGCGCUCGAACGGAAAGGACCAUAUGUGCUAUAAGCCGGACUAUUCCCAAUUUGUGUAAUCGCGUUAAAGUUAAUAUUCCUAAAAUAAAAGACUAACGCACCGCAAAUAUACAAAAUUCAUGCGAAGAAGCAAUUUCAAAAUUGAAUUCAGCCGCCACAAACCAACAGACGUCUGUUUACUACACAGUAAAUCAAAUAUUGUACCCACUUGUGCAAGGAUGCGAGACAAAAGAUUUAAAAAUCAUCAAAUUUUGUUUGGGAAUGAUGCAGCGGUUGAUAACACAGCAGGUGGUGGAUCAUAAAGGUGCACGCUAUAUAACAGAUGCAUUAUGGAUGCUAAUGGAAAACAAUAUCGAAGAAGUAAAAGUUUUGCAGACGGUGACGCUUCUGUUGACUACCAACACAGUUGUGCAUGGUGAAACAUUGGCUAAGUCUUUAGUACUGUGUUUUCGUCUACAUUACACAAAGAACUCGACAAUUGUUAAUACUGCAGGAGCAACUAUUCGUCAAUUGGUAUCGUUAGUUUUCGAACGUGUUUACUUAGAGAAAGAUGCGUUGUCUACCAUACAACAACCUGGACCACUGAAACCGAGUAAAGACACUGCUUGUGAUGCAGAAAACAGUAAUACAAAUGAAAUGCAAACUUUCGCAUCUGACGCAUUCUUUUUAUUUCAAGACCUUGUGCAGUUGGUUAAUGCGGAUCAGCCGUUUUGGUUAAUAGGUAUGACGGAAAUGACGCGUACGUUUGGUUUAGAAUUAUUAGAGGCCGUACUAACGAAUUUUAGUGCUGUAUUUCAUGAGAAUAAUGAUUUUCGUUUGCUGUUAAAGGAACGUGUUUGUGCUUUGGUGAUAAAGUUAUUCUCUCCAAAUGUCAAACAUCGGCAGGUGCCUACGAGUGGUACUAGUAAUGGUACCAUACCAAGUGAUAAACCAUAUUUUCCAAUAAGCAUGCGGUUACUUCGCUUAGUCGCUAUAUUGAUUCAAAAAUAUCAUACGAUAUUGGUUACUGAAUGUGAGAUAUUUUUAUCACUCAUCAUAAAAUUCUUGGAUCCGGAUAAACCGCAUUGGCAACGUGCAUUGGCUUUGGAAGUUAUACAUAAAUUAGUUACUAAAGCCAAUUUGAUUGCGUUCUUUUGUAAAUCAUAUGAUUUGAAAAAUCAUGCUACUAAUAUUGUGCAAGAUAUGAUAUCAGCAUUAGGCACAUAUGUGCGUUAUUCAUUGUUUAAUGCUUCAGCUGUACAAAAUGGGCAACCUGCAGUUGGGGCGCAAACAAAUGCAGCAGCAGCACUUAGUACCAGUAACCAAUGCGGUUUUAUAUACAGAGGCGCAUAUUUACCCUUAGUUGCGACUUUUGCACCAGGAGUUUCUAAAUCUGUUUACUUAGAAAUGUUAGAUAAAUUGGAUGCACCAAAUAUUCCAGACAGCUAUGGCAUAUCGGUUGCUUAUGCAAUUUUGUUGGAUGUUACACGUUCAAUUGGUUGUGUUUUACAGCGUACUACAGAAAUGCAUCCUACGCAUAAUUCAGCUAUAAUAUCAGAAGAGGAACAUAAACCAUUAUGCUUACAACUUAUCAAUUCCAGCUGGUCUGGUUUACUAGCUGCGUUUGUUGCACUCGUUGACGCAUCAAUUGAUGAAGCAACAACAGAUAAUAUACUUAAAGCAAUGCAAAACUAUGCAGCGCUUUGUGGUAUAUUGGAGUUACUAGGUUCACGUGAUGCUUUUAUAAUGGCUAUAUGUCGUGCCUCAUUUCCUCCGCAUUAUGCCAUGUCAAUAUUUGCUAAUAGUGGACAUGUGGAUGCUGAUUUAAGAUUGGGACAUACACGUACCAAUAGUCAGGAUUUAAAUAAUCAGUUUAUAACAACGUGUAAUGAAGGUGAUUUUCGACAGCAAAUUGUUGCUGUUGGCACACCAUUGCCCAGCGCCUCAUUACCGCAUAGUGUAAUGCAAGCACCUGUAAUGUUAACCACAAAAAAUUUGCAAUGCAUGCGUGCUAUACUAUUUUUGGCACAUAGCAAUGGAAGUAUUUUAGGAACAUCUUGGCAUAUUGUAUUACAAACAUUACAACAUUUGGUUUGGAUUUUGGGUUUGAAGCCGUCGACUGGUGGUAGUUUACAAGCGUUUCCUAAGCCAGCUGUGGAGGCAAAUGUUGGCAUACAAACUGCUGUUAUGGCUGAUUUGCCAGUAUUGUCGCAAAUGCUAAGUCAACUUUUUGAAUCUAGCCAGUAUUUAGAUGAUGUGGCAUUACAUCAUUUAAUCGAUGCGCUCUGUAAGUUAUCGCAUGAAGCUAUGGAGUUGGCAUAUGCUAAUAGGGAACCAUCCUUGUUUGCUGUGGCAAAACUUUUGGAGACUGGUCUUGUUAACAUGCAGCGAAUUGAAGUGCUUUGGCGUCCUUUGACAAAUCAUUUACUGGAAGUUUGUCAGCAUCGACACAUACGCAUGCGAGAGUGGGGAGUUGAAGCUAUAACAUAUUUAGUUAAAUCUGCAUUGCAGUUUAAACAUACGUCGCCUUUAAAAGAGAAUAUGGUCUUGCAAACUAUGCUUUUAAGUCCACUAUCUGAACUUUCAACUGUAAUGCAUGCAGAUGUUCGGCAACGUCAAUUAGAUUGUGUCUUACAAAUUCUAAAUGGUGCGGGUGAGAUUUUAUCAUUUGGUUGGCCGGCGAUAAUUGAAAUAAUAGGGGCUGUUAACGAUCAUCACGGUGAACCUUUGAUUCGUACUGCAUUCCAAUGCCUUCAGCUUGUUAUUACUGAUUUUCUAACUGUUAUGCCCUGGCAUUGCUUGCCUUUGUGCAUUAGUACGGCAGCAAAAUUUGGCUCACAAACACAGGAAUUGAAUAUAUCUUUGACAGCUAUAGGAUUAAUGUGGAAUAUAUCGGACUUCUUUAAUCAAAACCAGGAUAAAUUAAUGUCAACUGAAAUCGGUAAUGCCAAUAUAUUGCCGGAAUUUCCUGGUACUGUUAAAAUGCCACAAUUUGAUAAAUUAUGGAUGUGUUUAUAUGCAAAAUUAGGUGACCUUUGUGUCGAUCUACGUCCAGCGGUACGUAAAUCAGCCGGUCAAACACUGUUCUCAACGAUAUCUGCACAUGGCAGUCUACUGAAUCCGCCAACUUGGCAAGCGUUGGUAUGGCAAGUACUCUUUCCUCUGCUAGAUAAUGUGCGUGCACUUUCUAGUUCAGCUAGUAACGAAAAAGUAGAUGCUAGCGGCAAUAUUUUAAUACACCAUUCAAGGAAUACGGCACAAAAACAAUGGGCAGAAACUCAAGUUUUAACUUUAUCUGGAGUUUGUAGAGUUUUUAAUACUAAGCGUGAUUUAUUACAAAUGCUUGGUGAUUUUGAUCGAGCUUGGUCUUUGAUAUUGGAAUUUAUACAAAAUGCUGCUUUAAGUAAAAAUGGUGAAGUCUCUUUAGCUGCACUGAAGUCUUUACAAGAAAUUAUGUAUCACAAUUCAGAAAAGUCAGUUGUUAAUUCAAACGAAAAUGAUAAUACUAAAUAUGUUGAAAUUUGGAGUAUCGCUUGGAAUAUUUGGCUAAAUAUUGGCAUGGAAAGUACCAAAAUAACAACAAAAAACAAUGAAAUCCAAACAGAAGAAUUUUAUAUUCCGAGUCAAGCUUUUUUAACAGCUUUAAUUCAAAUAUUUCCAGCUAUCUUUCAGCAUAUACAAGAAAGGUUUAUGCUAACUGAUUUUGAUAAAUUUUGUACUGUGCUGACUAAUGCCGUUUGUAUACCCGUACAAACUGAUGCCGUUCCUUAUAUUAUGUCCUCAGUAUCGGAUUCUUUAUUAACUCCAUUGCAUGAUAGCAUACUUGAAUGUAUGGAUUUAAUACAAAAAGAAGCAACCAAAGAGGAUUCAAAUUUAAGAUACAUGAUUCCUGCAGUAUUUCGUCAAUUGCUAGUGUUCAGUAAAUUUGCUUGCGCACCACCAACGUAUCAAGGAGUGGAAAAUAAAUACCAUAAAACAUCGAAUCACUAUUCCAAUAACGCUUCAGUAGAAGUUGUUAGCAUGAAUUAUAUACCGUUUGGAGAGAAAUCCAUUAGUAUUUGCGUUAAACUGUACCAAAGCACAGCGACGGAAGAGUCUGUUAUGCAAGAGCACAUACUGCAUGAAAUCAUAAUGGCACUUCGAACACCUUUGGCUAUAAAGUAUAAAUGUCUCUCAUCCAGCACCUGGAAAUUGGCCAUUUCGAGUUUAAUAUCAAUUUUGCAUACUGGACUUAAGGUAGCACGUGCGAAACCAAAUCAUUUUACUGAUAUGUGGGAGGAUUUAUCUGACACAUUAGAUAAGUUUUUAUUUCCUGCAAGUGUGUGUACUGUGGAAGAUCGUGGCCUAGAAGAAAUUGUAUUAGAUGAAACGAUUGAUUGUCAAGUUAUUGAAUUGUUGCGAGACGAAGUUUUACCAUUUGCACACGAAAUGCCUCAUCAAUUCAUAAUGCAAAUUGUUGUAUUACUUAAUAAAGGAUCUAUACAUUCCGCAUCCGACUCGAAUAUUUGUUAUGAAUCUGAUUGGAAACUACGUGAAAUUUUCGCGAAGACAUGUUUUGAAACAUUAUUACAGUUUUCUUUAUUAGACGAUUCAUGUAAUAAUGUUAGUGGUGCGACCAAUUCAGUAUCGACUAACAUAAAUAAUGCGGCAAUACCAUUAGAUACAAAUAUCUUGCCUGGAGUUAUUAGUGGAGCUGGUAAGGAUUUUGCUGGACGUUUAGCAGUUACAGCAUUAUUACAUCGGUUUCAGGAAGUUCUAAAACGUUAUAAUGAUGAUGAGAGACAAAGUGGAAAAUGUCCUUUACCAAGGUUUAGACUGUCGGAAAUUUCAUUUGUUUUAAAAGCGAUUGCUACGUUAGUUGUAUCAAUGAAAAAAGCACCGCCUUCAAAAGUUAAUAAACCUGCAUGGGAUCAGUUGAUUGGUCUCUAUCCGUAUCUAGUAGAUUGUACGACGACAACAUCACCGGAAGUCUCACGAUCAUUACGUGAAGCUUUGUUGCAAUAUACGGACUUGUUACAGCCUCCGAAAUGUUAUAUUUCGGAUGUAACAAGUAAAACGGUAGCAACGGCAGCACGACAACAGUCAAAUGGGCAAGAAUAAAAAAUGAAUCGAAGCAAUUAAACUUAGAUUUAUAUAUAAUAUAUAUAUAUAUAAUAUUUAUUUAUUAUAUACAUUUUGCUUUUCUUUGUUAUAUUUUUUAGUAAUAUAUUUCAUAUAUUUUGUGAAAUAUUAAGAAUUUAUUUCUUUGAUAAAUAAUAUUUUAUUAGAAACUCUUGUUAAAUAUAUGUGCAUAAUGCACAGACGCAAUUCUAUUUACAUAAAGGCAUGUAUUAGAUAUAUACAAUAUACAUACAUAUAUGUAUAUAUUUAUAUAAUAAUAACAGAAAAUAUAUAUACAUUUUAAUAUU